GAUAUUUAAAGUUGCACUGCGCCGUAGACAGAAAAGCUGGCCUGUCGUCAACACUGAUCGGCGCCAAGGCCGCCGCGAGUCACGUUCCGGAGAUCAUCCGCAUUCCGUCAUCUUUUUCGAAUGCGACAACUCUUCUCGCUCAAUGCAAUUGUUCACGAUGAGGCCUCAGAUCUUAUUGCAUCCGCAAUUGCGCACGUUGCUUCCCCGUGGUGUGCGGAGGGAUCUUAACAGCACGAUAUUCUCUCGGCUGAAGACGACUCAACCCCCGUUUCGACUCUCCAAAAAUGAGACCCCGACUCUGAAGUCAAAGGAAAACAAUGCGACAGCUACCCGGAGCUCACCACAGUCGGCCACGACACACGCAAAGACGACUAUUCGACGAGGUCCCCCGGAGCGCAUAUUGAUCUACCAUGGCGGAACGGGCAAGACAAUCUUUCUGGGGAUGUUGCGGAUCACGACCAUCUUCCUUUUUGGUGUGUCUGUCCUGGUUGUCGCACCCGCAUUUGCGGCCGAUGAGUUUCCAUGGUAUCUAGCUCCUGCUGUUGUUGUUGGCGGAGCUCUCCCGAUGCUUUUCGUUUCCUAUACCUCUGCUCCAUUCGUGAAUUUCGUACACCUCGCUCUCCCUGCUUUUGCUCGGCGUUCAAAGGAACAUACGCUUCAAUAUGCGAAGAACCUGCCUCCUACAGCCACAUUAUACAUUAACACCAUGAAGUUCACGACGAUUCCUCGACAGACCGAGGUGCGACUGGGGGAUUUGGUUCCUGACAAAGCCAUCCUCCGUCCAGUGAGCUUUCGCAAUAAGAACCCUGCCCCCUUGCCCUGGUGGGCAGGAAAGACUCUACGGCAAUUUUACGCGGCAGAGAAGAGUCAGCCUGGCAGAGAAUCAACGACAUUCUAUCCCGAAUUGUGGGAACAUGUAUACAAGCAGAUCCAGAAGAAUCCCUUACCAAGGAAAUGAGGCUGAAGAAAAUAUCCUGUUUUAAUAUGACUGUAACAUAAAGAUCAUGAACCGCUAAGAUUUGGGUGGUGACUGAACAAUUCACUACUGCUGCUCUCGCUAAAGAAUAAGUCUUCGCAUUCACUUCUAACCAUUCACUCCUGCUGCACUUCUUCCAGAAACAUUCUGCCCAUUUUUGCUGUGACUUUCUCUCUUCCUUCCACGAGGACAGU